AUGUUUAUUCAUGAUAAUCUUCAUAUUGAUAUACCUGAUGGAACAAUUGAUUCUAUAUGGCGAUUUACAUCCGGUACCACUCUAUCCGACAAUCGUGUGCGUAUUAUUGAUGUUAGUUUUAAUGAUUUAUUAAUACGUUCAUCGAUAUUAUCUAAAUCAUCGUCUCUUCGUAAUUCUUCUAAUGAUAAUAUCAAACGUGUAUUUAUUGGUAAACAUUUAACAAAACAACAAAUUUGA